GCUGAUGGGAUUGAAAACUUUGUCGAAUUAGUGGCACUGUGCAUCAAUUUAAAGUGUACGUAUUGUGUGUAUGCAAAUGCGUCUAAUUAGGAUAUUUGAAUGUGCGGCGCAACGUUUGAGCUUGGUUUAAGUCGAGCAAUUGUCUAAAGCUGCAGGACCUUCCACAGCGUAGGACGUACGGAUAGGGAAGGAUUAAAGUUGAAUAGCAGUUGCAAGCAAGGCCGCCACAUUGGAAGGAAAACGGCUUUUCACGGCAGUUAAUAAGUUUUUAACUGGUUCAACCAUUGCCCGCGAGCUGAGGCAGCUAAUGACUAGAAACACAACGCUGAGCGGUGAUGAACCUGACGAGGAGCAGAUGACGACGGCGGGCACAGACGAUGAGCAGCAGCAGCAGCAGCAGCAGCAACAGCAGUCGGCGGAGGGGGUAGGGUCUGGAUCAGGGUCAGGGUUGGGUCAACCACAGCACACAAAUGAGCCACAAGCACAGCAACAACAAGCACAACAACGACGUCAAAGACAACGCAAGAAAGUGACAACACAACAACGAAGUCAUGCCGCUUCCGAUGCGGACACGGACUCCAGCUCCUGUGAAGCGGCAGGCGGUGGUAGAAGCGGGGGCGUGGGCGUGGGCGUGGGCGGAUCAACUCGCGUCAGCUACGCUCAGCGUCAUCUCAGUGAACAGGUGGUCUAUGAGCAGUACAACGAUGAUGAGGCAGACGAUUACGAUGAGGACGAGGACGAGGAAGAGGAGGACGACGAGGAGGAGGAGGAGUACGAUGAGUACCAACAGUCCAUGUUGGUGCGACGUGCACCCGUAAAGGCAGCGCUAAGCGUGCGUAGCUCAGCCGGAGUUACGGCAGCUGCUGCCGGAGUGGGAGUGGGAGCAGGAGCAGAAGCAGGAACAGGAGCUGGAGACAGUGCCAAUGACAUAUUACGCAAUAAACGAAAAACGAAAACACGCCAAUUCUCGCAACGGGCCAGCUCCUAUGCCGUGGACGCUGGCCAUGGUGAGACGGAUGCGGAUUCAAUGGACAAGCGUCGUUGCAUCUCCAAGGGUCAAAUGCGUGAGUUUCGUGAGGCAUUUCGUCUGUUCGACAAGGAUGGCGACGGUUGCAUAACCAAGGAGGAGCUGGGCACCGUUAUGCGCUCCCUCGGGCAAUUUGCGCGUGUCGAGGAGCUGCAGGAGAUGCUGCAGGAGAUCGAUGUGGAUGGCGAUGGCAACGUUAGCUUUGAAGAGUUUGUCGACAUACUCUCCAAUAUGACGUACGAGGACAAAUCGGGUCUCUCUUCGGCGGAUCAGGAGGAGCGCGAAUUGCGGGAUGCCUUUCGUGUCUUUGACAAGCACAAUCGUGGCUAUAUAACCGCAUCCGAUUUGCGUGCGGUGCUCCAGUGUCUGGGCGAGGAUCUCGACGAAGAGGACAUUGAGGACAUGAUCAAGGAGGUGGAUGUGGAUGGUGAUGGACGCAUUGAUUUCUAUGAGUUUGUCCAUGCCCUUGGCGAGCCGGAGGACUCGCAGGAGAACGAUGAUGAGGAGGAGAAUACCACAUCGCCGCUGCCGACGCCGACACCGAGGUCCGCAGUCUCCAUGAGCUAUGAGUGAAGGGGAAGGAGUGAUAGAGAGAUGUGACAGUUCGAUAAAUCGAUUUAUGCAAAUAUUAAUGGCACUUGCAAUUUCUUACGAUAACCAUAACGAUAACGAUAACGGUAACGAUUCCACGUUUAUCAUACGAACGCACAGCUACACGGAUUGCGAUUAAUAAUUAAUGAUUAAUUAACGAAAAUUUAACAAAUAAUUACAAUUACUUUAUGUGCAACGCGCCACAGCAGAUACAUACAUAUUAAUAAUGAAAAUACUAUUAAUUAAUUAUAAUUCACUUUAUAUUUAUGAAUAACACUUAACAGCAAUUUCAAACAAAAAUCUC